AAGGCAAUAUAAUUUCAUCUUAUCGAAUACAAAGAAUGCAAAAUCUUUUCUGGAUGCACCAAAAGAACGUGUCACCUAGCAAGUGGGAAGGAAACCAAGAGGAGUACCAAGAGGGUAAGGGUAAGAUGGUAAAGGUAGAGUAACCGAGGUUCCAGAGCUCCAAGGCUCCAGCCAAUCCGCUGAGCACGUUCAAGUCGUUUUCUCGCAAUUAACGCGAAAUUCUACGAAUUGUUUAAUUAGAACUCCAGUUUCAGUUCUCAGUUUUCAGAGUUCAGGUACCAUCCACGGGUCUCCAAGUUACCUGCAACUCUGCAACCGCUGCACGUUUGUUGGGGCUACUCUCGUGGCUGUUCUUUUUUCUUGUUCGGGGACUGCAUAAUCUUUUUUGUAAACAUGAAACUCGCGCCAUUAUAUCGAGAGCCAACGUUGGGAAUGGAAUGGAAUGGCCUGGCAAAGGUAUGAGUUCUUGGGGAGAUCUUGAAAAAGACCUUGCUGUGCUUUUUACACGUUCUGCUUUUGCUGCCUGGCCGUCUUGCUGUCUUUGCCGCCUUAACCUGCGUCGUGUGGCUGUGAUUUUGAAUUUAAAAUCUGUGAAUUUGAAGCAGUUUAUCGGCAGUGCAGCGAUGCAGGCUCUGUCCUUAUAUAUUUUUUAUUUUUUGGUUUGCAACUCCUUUGCUUAGGUGUCUGCUCUCGGUUUUCGUAGUUGUUUUUGCUGGCUGAUUCGACCUGCCGAUUAAAUCAUUAAAUAUUCCGAUUGUGUAGCGUUAUAAUGAAAUGUUUUUAACGCUUGUCUGAUUUGGAAUUAUGCAGGGAAUUAAAGGAUCUCUUACUCUGGCUGUCUCGGAUUUGCUAAGAGAAGGAUUCUUUUUUUUUUGUGGAACAUGUUAGUUGGAUGUCUCUGAUAAACAGAGAUGUUUAAGGUAUUUGAUGUAUUUACCAGACUGACGAUGCCUAAAGAAUGCGCCUCAAAUUUAAAAUAUAUAUGUGACAUUAAUAUAUACGUUAUUAUUUAUGAUAAGAUAUUAUUUAUGUAGUUUUUUAAUUAUCGCAUGAUUUUUUUGUACGACAUGUGUAUUUAUAAAUUUUUUAUCAACUCUACGACUUUCCCUUUUCUUCUUUUCAAAUUUGAACGCGCGCCAUAUAUCGCAUUCCCCUGAUCUUCAAAAAGCUCAGUGCUACAAAACGCGAUGUUAUAUACCCGAUCUUUAGUAGAACAGCUGAUAUUCGACGUCUUUUACGAUCACACGUAAGCUCACUAAGAAUUAAAUUCGGGUUUAAUUUAAAUCAUAUAUCAGCUGACGUAUUUUGAAAGAAAAAUUACAAAAUCGAGGCAUCGCUGCAUAUAAAUAUAGAAAAUGUUUAUUUUACACGCCUUCGUCUUGGUCUUAUCGAUUCUUUUUGGAUUUUAUGGCCAAGUUCAUGGAAAUAGUUCAAAGUGCCCCGAUUUCUACUGCAAACUUGUGGAUUCAAAGACGAAUCUCUCAUUUUCUGCCCCCCAACUAUUGGAGCUCCAUCUGGAAUUUUGCAGUGACCUUGGGGCUUUGAACGCCUCACAUCUCAACAGGCUGACUAUGAAGAAUUGCUCCAAAGAUAGUUUCAAAAUUGAGUAUCUAAGCAGCGUAAAAAACAUCAGUAGCUUACAACUUCAAAAUGGAAACCUUACAGUCCUGCAGGAUAAUGAAUUUGGCCAGAUGAGUAAGCUUAAAGUUCUUGACUUGGGAGGAAACUCCAUAAGAAAUGUAUCCGGUGGGACUUUCAGAAAUCUAACUCAACUGAAACUCCUGAAUCUGCAAAACAAUAACAUUAAGACUCUUCCUGAGAAAGUGUUUCAACCACUAGAGAAUCUUCAACUUGUGGAUCUUAGUUGGAAUAAUAUUACCAACUUUACAAAAGACGUAUUGGAUGGAAAUCGAAAUCUAAAAACUUUACUUUUAAAAGGAAAUCCCUUGAUUGAGGUGGGCUUUCCUGACUUUCAUUUUCAAUCAAUCGAUCUUAGCCACUGUCUUAAAUUAAAAGAAAUAAAAUUCUUCUCUAAAGUCGACACCUUAAUCCUGGAAAAUAGUGGAGUAGAAAGAUUGAUUUCCAAUGAAAGGAUAAACCAAAUAAAGGCUGCCAAUGGCAAGCUGAAGGACUUACAGCUAAAAAACAAAGAUGCCCUCAUUGAACUGGACUUACGAGGAUCUCGCUUGGGACUCUCUGGAAAAAAUCUAAGCGAAUAUUUUUGUAAUAUGUGGAGCUUGGAGCGCCUAGAUCUUUCCAACAACUCUUUGGAAACUUUACCUCAGCAACUCAAUAUCUUAACCGAAGAAGUCUGUCUAAUGCCAAGUCUCAAAUUCUUGAAUCUCGCUGGGAAUUUAUUGGCUAGUUUUCCCAUGGAAUCGUAUCUUAUUGGACCGCAUCUUAACAUUCUGGACCUUUCAAACAAUCGACUGAAAAACUUUACCUUAAAAUCCUUAAUGGUAGGAGAAGCCAGCUUGCAAUCUUUGUAUUUGGCUGGAAACCAACUCACAACCUUUGAUUACCACAUCCUUUCCUCAUCGACUUUUAAAAAUCUUAAGGAAAUAUCUCUCCAUGAUAAUAAGUUUGAGGAAAGUUUUUAUGAUGAAAUGGCUAAAUAUCUAAAAGCUAAGAAUAUCCAUAUUAUACAAAAGGAAUUAUCUCUGCAAGAGGACUGUCCCAAGAAGCCCAAACAUGAAUGGAGUGUAUAUGAUAUCCUGAUGAUUAUCUUCCUUUUGGGAGUUGUUUUCUAUGUAAGAUCGAAAAUAUACAGCCGCGAGAAGGACAAUUGCUGUUUUGGAAUCAAUUGGAAAAGAUCUCGAAAUUCCCCAAAUGAAACAGUUAGCUUUAUUAAUAACCAGGAAACUGAAACUAAUUUACUUUAAAUUUUGUAUCUUUUCAAUUUUUGUUAGAAAUAAGGAUGAAAAAUAAGUGAUUGCUGCUUCAAACGAAGUAUUAACUAACUUUUACUUAAACACUAACUCUAAACUUUUAUACAAAAAUAUAAACAAUGACUGUGAAAUGGAAUCUAUCUCAUUGUGAGUCUUCUCUACGAUUGU